AUGUUCGCCCGUAUCAAUCAAGUGGCACGUCAUCUCAGUCGUCCUCUACCAAACUACUUGCAUCGUUCCGCAGCAGCUGCAACCAGCAGACUCACCAGCAGUCCAGCAAUCAUGGCAGAUGCAAACAACAAGCGCACCAUCAACACGGCCGCGUGUUUAAUCAUUGGUGAUGAGGUCUUGGGUGGAAAGGUUGGUCAUCUCGUAUCUUUUAUAUUUAUGCUUCCGAAUCACCUCUCGAUGGAGAAUAAUCACCGGGAUAUCUCAACCAUGAUUGUCAAUCGAUGGAACUAUGAACAACAUAGAAGCAUUGUUAUGAACAUCAAGGCUAACGUCAUUUCANNGACAGUCGACACCAACAGCGCCUACCUCGCCAAAUUCUGCUUCAGCCUAGGCAUAAAUCUCAAGCGCAUCGAAGUCAUCGGCGACGAAGAGUCAGAAAUCGUAGAAGCGGUCCGCCGCAUGUCUUCCAACUACGACUUUGUGGUUACCUCUGGCGGCAUCGGUCCCACUCACGACGACAUCACUUACCAGAGCAUUGCCGAUGCUUUCAAUCUGCCAUUGGUGCUUCACGACGAUACCUUUUCACGUAUGAAGCGUCUUAGCAGACCUCACCCCAAUCAACCAAACUUUGACUGGAACACGCCGUCUCCUGCUCUUGAGGCCAAGAAACGUAUGGUCAUUUUGCCGUAUGAUGAGAAGUUGUCUAGUGAGCAGCAAGUCGUCUUCACAGCCGAGGAUCUCUGGGUGCCCGUUGCUGUCGUCAAUGGAAACGUGCAUAUUCUUCCUGGUGUGCCGAGAUUGUUUGAGCGCAUGCUCACCGGCUUGAAACCAAGCUUGCUUCCUAGAUUGACCGACCCUGAAGGCAGAGGUGUUUAUCGAAUUAUUAUUUCGACUCCGCUGCCUGAGAGUGGUGUUGCUUCUUACUUGACUGAGCUGGCUAAGAAGGUUGAGCCUGAGGGUAUCAAGGUUGGCAGUUACCCGAGAUGGGGCAAGGCGAGAAACACCGUCACGCUGGUUGGUAGAAAUAAGGAGUACAUGGACAGCCUGGUCCCCGAGGUCGAGAAGGGUGUCCAAGGCAAGCGCGUCACCAAGGAAGGCGAAGAUGAUGUCGAAGGCGAGUCUGACAAGGACACUUGA